AUGGCGGCGCUGGUGCUGGUGCUGCUGGCGGCGCUGGCCGGGCCGGCCGUGCUGCCGGGCGGGUGGUGCGCGGCUCCACUGGCAGACCUGCGCUCGCAGAUCUCGGGCGUGGAGUCGCUACUGGAGGAGUUUCGGCGGCAGCUGCAGCAGGAGGAGCCGGGACCGCCAGCGGCGACGGCAGCAGGCGGUGGGGAGGUGUGCGGCGGCAGCAGCAGCUUCUCCGCCAGGCCCGACUCGAUCAUCCGCACCAAGGACUCCAUCGCGGCCGGCGCCACCUUCCUGCGGGCCCCCGCCGGCGCGACGGGAUGGCGGCAGUGCCUGGACGCCUGCUGCGCCGAGCCGCACUGCACGCUGGCGGUGGUGCAGGAGCCCUCCCGGCCGCGGGGGACGGCGGCGGCGGCGGCAGAGCUGGGCUGCUACCUCUUCAACUGCACGCACCGAGGCCGCCCCGUCUGCCGCUUCGCCCCGCACCGCGGCUACAGCACCUACAGUCGCCGCCCCGCCGGCCUCGCCCCGCCGGCGGAAGAAUAUGAUGAGCCUCCACGGUGCAAGGCAGGACAAGAUAUUGUCCUGCAGUCUCCUGUCGACUGGGUGCUUCUGGAUGGCCGAGAAAGUUCAGAUGACCACGGAAUUGUGCAGUACGAGUGGACCCUGCUGCAAGGUGACUCAUCAGUUGAAAUGAAGGUACCACAACCAGGAACACUGAAACUUUCUCACAUUCAGGAAGGAGCAUAUAUUUUCCAGCUAACUGUGACAGACACCGCAGGUCAGCGGAGCUCUGACAACAUCUCUGUGACCGUUCUGCCCAUGGUUCAUUCUGCAGUAGCCUGUGUCGGGGUUUGCUCUCGCUACCAGUUUAUCUGCGAUGAUGGAUGCUGCAUUGACAUCACAUUUGCUUGCGAUGGCGUGAGACAGUGCCCUGAUGGAUCAGAUGAAACUUUCUGCCAGAACCUCAGCCCAGGUCGGAAGACAGUGACACAUGCAGCUCUUGGCACUACCCAGCAAAGGACUGUAGGACUGCCAGAAACCACAGAUGAAAACUCUGCAGAAACCACCCUGAAAGCCACUGCCAGAAAUCAACUUCUUCUCUCAGUGGAUGCAGACAUGACAAACCAAUCACUUUCUCAGGGACCAAAGAAACAAAUCAGUGGAUUUGUGCCAGAUAACAGUUCCUCAGGGAGAAGAACAGAUGAUAAAAGUGGGAAUGGCAUAAUGAUGCCAAAGAGAGACCAGCUUGGAGGUAGUCGUCCAGUUCCAGAAACAGGUGCUGUGUUACCCUUAGCCUUAGGCUUGGCCAUCACCGCUUUACUGCUGCUUAUGGUUGCUUGCAGACUGCGUUUAGUGAGACAGAAGCUGAAAAAAGCUCGGCCCAUUACAUCUGAAGAGUCCGAUUACCUCAUUAAUGGGAUGUAUCUCUAAACAUUGGAUUUAGGUCAGUUGUCCUCUCCCCUUUCUCCUCUGUCCAUGAACCUCUGCCUCUAUAAAAAAGGACCAAAACCUUUAGUUAAGUUUGAAGUAUAGAAGAAGCCUGUGAGAUGAGGAACAUGUUAUUCCCCUUCAGUGAUAAAUAAGAAACUGGGUAGGUGCCCAUGCUCAGAAAAACAGAAGCAUUCAGGCUCCAGGAAAUAGCCCCGGUUGGCUCUUGAGUAGAAGACACUGCAAGCUGGGGACACCCCAAUGGGGAUGAAGGGUGCCCUUGCCUUGUCAGGAUCCUGCCCAUGGCAGAGCAGGCCCCAGGGCCAGGGCACCAGCACAGCCCCGGCCCAGCAGCCCCAGCCAUGCUGGCCAAGGCACAGAAGGAAGCCUGUGCCACCCUAUUCUGCCAGUGCUGCUGCCACUGUGCUUCACCCUGGGGACCGGGACCCUCCAGACCAGCAUGUUAUUCACUGUCCAGCAGAGACUGACUUGUGUACCUUCCACCUGAUGCACUGGGAGUAUUGUCAUUAAAGAAUUCAUCCUGGUUUGUUAAUUAAAAGCAAUUGCUAUUGAAGCACCAGCUUUUCUAAUGAAAUCUGGGACAUAAGGAACAAAGCAUCUUUUUCUCAUCAGUGGUUUAAACCUUUGUGCAGCUGACAGAGCCAUGCUUACUAGAUGCUGAAAUGAAAAAACACAAAUCAUUGGCAGAUGAGUUUGGGCUUACCAGUACCUGACAGCAGUCAUGUGCAAUCCCAGAGCCAUGUCUCUCCCUGGAGCUCAGGGCUUGCUCAGCCUCUUCCACUCCUAGCUCGGCACCCUUCAUGACGUGAGAGAACAGCAUGCAGCGGCUUUUACCUGUGACACCGGAGUGUAGGAUUCCUCCUGGUUAUCCCGUAACUCCCUGCAAAGCUUGGAAGCUUCGGCAACCUGCCCUCACCCCAGCAAAAUUCUUAUAGAAUUAGGAGCAAGUAAUUGAUAUAUGUGAGUGAACUUCAGAUGUGUUAACAGUAAAACGUGUACAGUACAUGUUAUAUAUACAUUUAUAUAUACACACCGUGCUGUCUAUCUUGUUUGACUGUCCGAGGAUGCCACAUUCAUCAUGGGUCCCAAUAAAACCAGAAUCAAAUGAGGCAUGCAUCUUUUUGUAUGUUGUCUUUUGUACUUCAGUAACUUUGAGUCAGCGAGAAUAUCACCAUGGUAUACAGAUAGUUCUUCAAGUUGCUCAGUCUUGAUUACUUCAUGUAAAAUAGCUCUAAUAAACCUAUUUUAUUCUUA